AUGGCUUCUGGAUCUGGGGCUAGCUCGUCCAGACAGCCAUCUAGCCCUCCCCAAGAUGAGGAAGAGGACGAGGAAGACGUCAUUUAUAGUUGUGCCUUAGAGGUAGCAUCCACCUUAGACGUUGCCAAGUUAAAAACUCUUGUAGAUAGAUACCAAAUUCCUAAAGAGCUUAACCCUCGUCUACCCAAGGCUGGAGAAUGGUGUUGUUCUCCUUCCUCUGGUUUAGGGGUAUAUACUUCUUACCUUUUAGCUGGCCUUAGGUUUCCUCUAAAUUCCUUCUGUAGAGACCUCUUCCAAAGGUUGGGUAUUGGACCUAACCAGCUCAACCCCAAUGGUUGGAGGACGAUAGUUGUCAUGCAAGUGUUAUGGUGUGAGGCACUGGAAGGGAACCAUCCAAUUACGGUGGACGAGUUCCUUUAUUGUUAUAAGCCCUUGGAGAUAAAGAAAUCUGCUAGCUUUUACCAGUUCUCAUCCAGGAGCUCUUAUUACAGUUUAAUUAAGGGUCGUAGCUCGUUUGACCGGCUUUGGAAAAAAGAAUUUUUUGUUAUUUUUGGAAAUUGGGCUAGGGACCCAACUGAUGUGGGUAGUCCCCCCUUCCCACCUUUUACCAGCCUUUUAGGUCGUCUUCGUCCUGAGGGGAUAACUACACUGAGGGAAAACAAAGAGAAAACAGUGACUAGUGGGGACGAGGAUGUUGCUGCACCUCCAUCUGUCCAAGUGGCUUCCGUCCACGCUGGGAAGAGGAAGUCUAUGCCAAUAUCCAUUGCUGUGGACCUGGACGACCUCCCAAGUUGUCGAGGCCCUAAGAAGCAAAAGUUGGGUAAAACUUCCCUUCCCAAGGUCCCCAAGUUUGUACCUCCAACAGUGAACUUGGACGAACCUUUGGUGGAUGUGGAGCCCGUCCAGACCGAUCCUCCCCCUCCACCCAAAGCUUCUCGCAAGCCUAGCUCGUCGGAGCCCUCUGAUCGUCCUUCGAAUCUAGUUCUGGAUGAGGGUUAUGCAUGGAGGACGUUAAAAGGAAUUGUCACUAAUCGUGAAGUGAAUGAGUGCUAUAACAUGUCAGUGAAGGAGUUUGAAUGUUCCGGCAUCCAUGACCUUUUUAAGUUUUACACAGCAACCUGCCAAGCCAAAGAACUUGCUGCAGAGGCUAAAACGGCCAAGGACAAAGCUAAGGAGCUGAGCAAUGAAGUUCUGCUCAAAAAGGGGGAGGUCCUUAGGUUGACCCAGGAUUUUAAUCGUCUACAAGGAAGUGAGACGAAGUUGAAGAACGAGGUGGAAGCCAUUAUAGCCUUUAAGAAGUCUGACGAGUACAAGAAUCGUCUAGACAGCCAUUAUGCAGUUGGCUAUGAGGACUUUCGUGUUGAUGCUAAAGAGGCAUAUCCUGACUUGGACUUCAAUUCUUUCAAGUUUCCCCUCGCUACUGAAAGUUCCUUGUUGCAGACAAGUUCUGAGGACGUCAACAUAAUGGAUGAUGAUAAUACUGAGGUGACCAAGGACGACCCUAAGACUAGCUUGCCCAAGUGA